CACUCCUACAUGUGUUGAUACUUCAUCAUAAAUAUCGAGCAUACCAAAAAAGAAAGCCGCAAUAUUUUUACAGUGAUGUGCCGCUGAUGACUUCCUAAAGUUGGCUUAAAAUAUAAUCAUGUCUGUGCAAAAGACACGUCAUUUUGCAUUAAAUCUACGCCUGUAUUUCCGGACUAUAGUUCCUGUGACCAUUUGCCAUCCCACAAGAAUGGACGACAAGUCAUGUGGAUGGAAAUAGAGGUGGAAAUUGAGGCAAAGUUAGAAGAAAGAUGUACGAAGAGGAUGACACUACUUCCAGUCUGUCCAGGAAUUAUCAGAUUGUAUCGGCCAAAUCUGUAGACGUGGCCGAUUGUGAUGAAGCGAAGGCUCCGAAAUUAUGUGGUUACCUAAACAAGCUUGUUGGGAAGGGACCCCUCAAGGGAUUCAAAACUCGCUGGUUUGUCUAUGACCCAAGGAAAUGCUACUUGUAUUAUUUCAAGACGCCCCAGGACGCCCUUCCACUUGGAUACAUUGAAGUAGCUGAUGCGUGCUUCACUUAUGAUGUGGAAGAAGAGGGACAAUUUGAGAUCCGCACCACCGGAAAAGAGUUUUUACUCAAGGCUCCCAACAGGCAGGUGAUGCAGUACUGGCUUCAGCAGCUGCAGCAGAAGCGAUGGGAAUUCAGUAACACGCGAGGAGGUGGCAACCGAGACGGCUGGAGCUCCCCGAUCCCACAAUACCCUCACACAGGUCUGGUGGCUAAGGACACGGAUGCACUGAUCCCCGAGCAGCCCAAUGAGAGCAUGGAGAGAGUCCGCAGCGAUUUCGCAGUGGAGGCGGAUGCUAAUGGCCUGGUUGGAGUCCAGUCUGCAAGGAACCCCACUGCUCACAACUUCUUCCUUAAACAAUGGGGCACUGAGCUGAGGAACAGCAUGUCUCACUUGCGGCCAGGGCGGGGGGGAGAGAACCGACGCAGUGUGUUUUACACAGCCAGCAACGAGGAGUGGGAGAUGGUGGACCACCCCAUGAAGGACACAGCAGAGGUCAAACCGCCAGCUGAGAGCCAGCGCCGUGAAAGUCCUUCCAACUUCCACAGACAUUCCAUUGGCUCAGCGUUCACCUUCGACUUCCGGAGCACAUCCCGAGUCAAGCGCAGAUCGAGCCGCAGCGCUGAGCCGUCGCCCGUGGAGGCCGCGGACUUGCAGUUGCGCUUGCAGAGCCAGCAGGAGGAGCAGGCCCACCUGCAGGAGGAACUCACCAGCCAGAAGGAGCUGGUGCGUCUCCUCCAGCAGACGCUGCGGAGUUUGCAUUGCGAGCGGCGACUGGCAGCAGACCCCGGUGGGAUGGAGGCGGCUGCAGCCCUGGUGGAGCGCGACACCCAAAUUCGCCAGCUGUGCGGCCACAUGGAGCGCCUGGCCCUGGAGAAGGAGAGCCUGCGGCUGGAGCUCAGGAACCUCAAGGUGAAAGUGGGUGACAUUAACGAUCAGUUGGGCAUGCUGAUGGAGACCAUCCAGGCCAAAGACGAGGUCAUCAUGAAGCUAUCGCAGCAGGGCCAGGACGGCAGUGCCGAGGCAGCAGACUGCAGCUCCCCCACAGCCAGAGAGCAACAGGAGCUGCACAAGCUGAAGGACAGUCUUCAGGGCUACAAAUCCCAAAAUAAUUUCCUGAACAAAGAAAUCCUCGAAUUGACAGUCUUACGGAGGAAUUCUGAAAACAGAGAGAAGGCCCUGGAGGCAAAGUACAUCUCUCUGGAGGCCAAGAUGUGCCAGGUGGAGAGUAAAUACCUGAUACUGCUGCAGGAAGUCAAGACGCCUCUGUGCUCCAUGUCCGAUCAGGACCCAGCCCGGGAGCUCAUAUCCAGGCUACUGGAAGAUGCCCUGCAGGUAGACAGUGGUGAUCACCAGGAACAUGCUGUUCUCAAACCUCACCCUGUCAGUGAGUAUGAUAUUUAUGGCUUCAAAACCGUCCCAGAGGAGGAGGAUGAGGAAGAGAAGCUGGUGGCUAAAGUAAGGGCUCUGGAGCUCCGCUCCCUCUCGCUCACGGACCAGGAGGUGUCUGUGGGGGUGAAGUGGGAGAACUACCUUGCUGGUACCAUGAACAGGGAGAUGGUCCGCUCUCCAGAGCUGAAGGUCCUGAUCCGCAGUGGUGUACCUCACCCACACCGCUCCAAGAUCUGGAGCUGGUGUGUCAACCUCCAUGUGAAGAAGAUCCGUGAGUGUCAGCCGGCCGACUACUACGAGAACCUGCUGUGCAUGGCGAGGGAGAAGCCCAACCCGGCGUCUAAGCAGAUCGAGCUCGACCUGCUGCGUACGCUGCCCAACAACAAGCACUACGCUUCCCCCUCAGCUGAUGGCAUCCAGAAGCUCAGGAACGUUCUGCUGGCCUUCUCUUGGAGAAACCCUGACAUCGGCUACUGCCAGGGCCUCAACAGGCUCGCUGCCAUAGCUCUUCUUUACUUAGAACAGGAAGAGGCCUUCUGGUGCCUAAUCACCAUUGUGGAAGUUUUCAUGCCACGGGAUUAUUACACCAAAACACUGCUGGGCUCGCAGGUGGACCAGCGCGUCUUUAAGGACUUGAUGAAUGAGAAGCUGCCUCGGCUUCAUGCCCAUUUUGAACAGUAUAAGGUGGACUUCUCCCUCAUCACCUUUAACUGGUUCCUGGUGGUGUUUGUGGACAGCGUGGUCAGUGACAUCCUCUUCAAGAUAUGGGAUGCAUUUCUCUACGAAGGACCCAAGAUCAUAUUUCGCUUUGCUCUUGCGCUCUUCAAGUGCAAAGAAGAGGAGUUUUUGAAGUUGCAGGAUGCCAUGGGUAUUUUUAAGUAUCUUCGGUAUUUCACACGUACAAUACUGGAUGCAAGAAAGCUGAUGAAUAUGGCUUUCGUGGACAUGAACCCCUUCCCCCUGCGGCAGAUCCAGAACCGACGCACCUUUCACCUAGAGAAGGUUCGUCUCGAGCUCACCGAGCUGGAGGCCAUUCGGCAGACGUUCCUGCGAGAGAGGGAGACCAGCCAAGACGGCCGCGCGGUCAUCAGUGAUGAUGAUGAGGACAACUGAACCACCACCAAUCAGAGCUCAAACCUAUACAGCUGAGGAGCCAAUAAAAGUGAUGCAUUCCUUUUUUCUUCAGUUGUACUCCAUGCUGUACACAUCUCUUUGGAGAGACUGUGGCUCAAAGAACAGUUGGUACAGCUAUAAAGGACCAAAGGACACCAAGCAGCUAUUUUGAGCUUGUUGGCAUCUCUGCGUUCUUUUUUUUCUUCUUUGUUGAGUUGUGAAUAUUGUUUGACUGAUUGAUUGAUUGAUUGAUUGAUUGAUUAUUCUUUUUAUUGAAAUUUGGUCUCACAAAUCAGUAUUACAGUCCCUGUCAGUGUAAUGGUUUAUACCAGAUGUGUAUACUAGCUGGUGUUUCUGAGCAGAAUCAAAGUUCAGGUACAUUCAUGAAAUGGUACGUAUACUGCUACAACAGCAUUGUGUAUUGUUUAAUCAUAGUCACAUUUCACCUAUCGAAACAUUACACAGGAAACAUUUGUGUAUAUAAAUCAGAACGUGUUUAUGGUCACUUGUUUACUAGUUUAUGCAAUGUUUAUUUACAUUGUUAUAUACACCACAUACAUACACUUUCUGGUUUUGCUCAUCCAAAUUCCAUAUUCUUGGUAUUUCUAUUUCUGUUUACUGUGUGGUCUAAAGCACUUAAAUCACUUUAAAUUAGGGAUGUACUAUUUUAAGACUUUUUUUUUUUUUAGGUAAAGCAAGCAGUAGUAAAUUCUGCCCUCCAUGGGGUUUCUGCAGAGGCUCAGUAAAUUCCUUUCAGUCAUGAGAUGACACUUGGCUGCUGAAAAGCAAUUCUUGUAUAAUGCAUAUCAUUCAGUUUGUCAGAGCAGACUACUUGUCUUCUGCUUGAAUGGCAUUCCAUUGUUGGCAAUCAGCUGGAUUUGGAACAGUAUGAAUUCUCAGUUGUCACUGUUUCACCAUAUAUCCAGUGCUGUCUGUGUCAUGCACGUUGUCAGUUUGACAGCCAAGCAAGCUGUAUUUCAGGACUAAUUACCAGCUGUGGCCUUGACUUCCACGCUAGUGUGAUUAUAGGGUUUUUUUUUGUUUUUUUUUCCAUGUAGCAAUCUUUAUGUUGAACAUUGCAUAAACCUUAAUAACUUUACCACAUUUUGGUACAUUAUUUACUGAGUAAUAAUUGAGUUUACCUGGUUAUUACCUUCUUCAGCUGUAAACAGUAUUAUAUCACUUAUAUAAUCUAACAUUUAAGUGCACAGUUGGCCAGGAUUCCGCUUAGAAACUUUGCCUUCUGUUAUUUAUUUAUUUUCUUUUUAGUGCUUCAGUAAAAAACAAAGUGCAGUUGGACAUUAAGGAUCCAUUUUGAUGAGGUUUAUAGUACCUUUUCCAGUUUAUUGCACGUUUCAUAGUUCUAGCUUCAUUCUGCUAUUUUAAUAUCCUCAUUUCUGCAGAUGUAUUGACUUUUAUUAGGAAUACAAUAAUCUUGAUAUAAUUUCAGCAGUAAUAGCAUUUUCUCAGAGGUUAGUUUGAUUUGAAUUUUUUUUCCUCUGUUUUGUAACUUUAACAUGAGAAACCACCACAGUUGUCUAUGUAUGUAAGCUUAUUAUAAAUCCCAUCUGUUUACUGAGCUAGUGUUCAUAACAAAAAUACAAAACAAUUUCAAGUUGACUAAUAAUCACAAACUGUGAAUUUCCUGUCGGAGAGCUGGCAGCAUGCUUGCAUUUUGUUAGGAUAAUCAAGUUUGAAAAUAGAUCAGUGUGCUUGUGAUCAGUGCUGUAAUGCACACUUUAUGGUUGUAUGCUCUAUAUACAUUUGUAGAUGUGUUUUAAAUUUGGAUGCAGGACAAUUGCUUUACCCUUCCCUCAGUAAAAUAUUCCUAGGUUUUGUUUUUUGCAUGGAUACAUUUUUAGCAAGUCUGCUUCAAAAUGAUCUAGUCCAGAUUUUUUGUUUUAAUGUAAUAACCUAGUAUUUCAGGUUCGCAUUGGUACAACACAUCCAUUGCACAGAUCUUCCCAUAUACAAAAUCAUUUAGUUACAAUGUAAUCAAUUUGAAUGUUCCCAUAAAUUGUUGCACAAUGUAAUCAUACAUUGGUGGUGUGAUCACUCAAUAAAUUACAAAUAGCACACUGCUGCUUUAGACUAU